AUGGAGAAAUAUGAAGUGAAGCAGGGGGAGACCGUGCUACUCAACGUGUCCGCGCGGGCAAACCCGUCCAAGAUGAACUAUGCAUGGACGAAAGAUGGCGUCCCGCUGCCGGGACCCGACGACGCCUACUCCUGGCAGGAGACUGUGGCGCACAAGGUCUUUUACCGUGGACCCGCUCUACACGUCUACCAAGCACAGAAGGAGGACAGCGGGGACUACGAGUGUGAAGCCAGCAAUUCGCAGGGCGCUACCAAGACCACGAUCAUUGUUAAGGUGCUCUACCCGGCGACGGUGACGAAGAUCAGCAAGUACGCCAUGGUGGGCACCGGCGAGAACGCGUCCUUCGAGUGCGUGGUGGACGCCAACCCGCUGACCGAGGACGUGAUCCGCUGGCGGCGGCAGGGCUUCGACAUGCGCCGCCGGACGCGCGUGGUGCUCGAGAAGGGCCGCUCCUACCUGACAGUCUACAACGUCAGCGACCUGGACAAGGGUGCCUUCGAGUGCGUCGCCCAUAACGGCCUCGGAGAAGAGUUUGUCCGGUCCACGCUGCUCAUCGUCAAAUUCAAGGCCGUGAUGCACAGCCCACGGGAGCCCCUGACCACGGUAGCAGCUGACGUGGGCCGGUCCCUGCGUCUGUCGUGCUCGGCCGACGGUGCGCCCAAGGUGACCUUCGUGUGGACCGUGGAGGACGCGGUGAUCGCUGAGACCGCCACGGGCGGCCACCGCCACGCCAUCCACGUCGAGCAGCUGGACGUGCUGCGCUGGGAGUCCGUGCUUGUGGUCAAGUACGUGCACGCGCAGGACUACGGCCAGUACAGCUGCACCGCUCGGAACGAGCUUGGUUCGGACUCGGCGCGCUUCAGAGUGCGCCCCAGAGGGAAGCCCGACCCUCCGGAAAGCAUCCGCGUACUGAACGCCACCCACACAAGCGUGCUGCUCUCCUGGACGGCCGGCUUCAACGGCGGCCUGGACCAGCAGUUCCGGAUCCGGUUUCGCAGGACGGAAGAUGAGACCAACGCCUACGACUACACGGACCUCAUCCCGGAGGACGUUUCGCUUUACCUGAUUGGAGGACUCGAGCCGGGCACCGAGUACGCUUUCAGCGUCCUCGGAAGAAAUGCCCUGGGAGAGAGCGAGUACAGCGAGGACUCCGAACCGACCUCCACGCUGUUCGGCUGGCCCGACCAGGACGCCUCGAGUGCCAUGAUCGAUGCCUUCAGUGGCCGCAAGGGGGAGGUCCCUCGGCUCCUGCUCGUGUCUGUGGCAGUCGUGGGCACGCUGCUACUGCUGCUCAACGCGGUGCUCGUCAUCUGCUUCGUGAAGAGGCGCAAACGGAGGCAGCAGCAACUGACGGUCUCGUUGAAGUACAACCCCUCUGCAGGCAGCGAAAAGGACUCCAUGGGCACGGCUGCGGACACGCGGAUGUACACACCUAGCAAGUAUCACGAGACGAUCAACGGGGAAGCACUGCGACCCCUGAGCGAGCACUCGCUUCCUUCCAAUGGACGGGCGAAUGGUCAAGAAGAGAUAGCGAUGAAGGAAAUACCGUUCGUACAAGAAAUCUACAAAAGCCAAAAUGUCAGUGACAGCAUCGUCUUUUAUAAUCCGGCAUUGGGCAUGCCUGAAUGA